AUUUUCUUAAAACUGUCCCUUGUCGUCUGUCUAUCUCUUUCAUUCUCUAUAAAACUGUGUGAGGAGAGGGAGAGGGACAGAGGAAAUGGUACUAUUAUGCAGUUACCAAAACUACAUAAAAAUCAAUCAAAGCUCCAUUGGACCACAAUAUAUAUAGUGUUCUGUUUGAGUAAUCUUCGUCUUCUUUAAAUUCUUAUAAUCAUCAUUGUUUUAUUACAGAGUGCACAUAGGUAUAUAGGUAGGGAGGCAAGAUUUAAAGAUAAGAGACUCAUAAAGACAUGCUCACUUCUCAUCAUCUUCCUAGCCAUUUCCUUGCAUCUGACACCAAUAUCAUCAUCAUAUCUCCAAUUUUCUUGAACCUUAAAAACAAUUUCAUCCUCUUGUUGUUUUUCGUUUCCAUCUCUCUUCUUGCUCCUCGAUCCAAAGGCUAGAUCUUUCAUUUCAUCUUUUGUUUUUCUUUUGGUUUCUUGAUUUGGUCAUAUAUUAUCAUCCCUGGUUGAUUGUUUUAGUGUCCCAAGAAAUGGGUUUGAGUUCUAAGCAGGUCUCUAGUGACGGGUUAGAUUGGAGUAAGACCCUCUUGCAGCAGGCGCAGACCUUGGAGCUGCCAAAACCUGCUACUGGAAGACGGCAACAGCAACAAAACCAGCAGCAAUCAGAGCCUUUGAAGUGUCCAAGGUGUGACUCAAUAAACACCAAGUUUUGUUAUUAUAACAACUACAACAAAUCACAGCCUAGGCAUUUUUGCAAGUCUUGCAAGAGACACUGGACGAAAGGUGGCACUCUCCGCAAUGUUCCUGUAGGCGGUGGCCGCAAAAACAAGCGACUGAAAACGUCAAAAACCACUGCUAAAACCGCCGCGACCACCACCACUUGCACAACUAGUACAAGUAAUAUCAGUGGGAAAAUCCUUAACACGGUAAAUCCGCAAAUGGUAAUUCAAGCUCAGAAACAAAAGCAAAACCUUCCUCUUGGACUUGGUGAUCAGAAGAGUACAUCGGAAAUUAUGCGUCAAUCAUUGAUUAGCCAACCAUCUUCAGUGUUGCAACAGAAUUCUAUCAGCUGCAGUAACUUUGUUAGCAAAAGUUUCAACACUGGCAACAAUGGUAUUUUUUUGGGUACAACUUUGUCUCUUCCUCAAAAUCAAGAGUUAAACUUUCCUUACUUAAACUCGAGCUCUUUUGAUACAAACCCAUCUUCGAUUUCUAAUUCCUUUCAAGCCUCGAAUGUUUAUAACUAUAGUACUGGAGAAACAAUGGACGAUUCAGUCAUAACCACUGUCAUGCCUACAGCAAGCAGCUGUAUCACUCAUCAUCAGCUAUGGCAAGUGCCAAAUGCAAGCCGUGGAAUGGACAUCACAAGUUAUUGGAAUUGGGAUGACAUAGAUAACCUUGUCUCCGGUUCUGAUCUUAACUUGCCAUGGGAUGAUCCUGAGCUCAAACCAUGAUUGCGUGGUUUCAACUUUCAAUUAACCAUCAGAAGUGUGUAUAGAUCCUUCUCUUUUUGUUCAAUUUUUUUUUUUUAUCUAAGUUGGUGGUUUCAUGGAGUCUAGCCUCAUUUGUAAUUUAAGUGCACAAUUCAUGUGCUUUCUGUUUGUCAGGCCAUUUUCUAAUAUACGUAUAGUGUAACUAUUCUAGUACGUAUAGUCUAAUUGAAGCUGUCCUUUUUUAGUUUCAGCUUCAGGCUAAUUAAUUUAAUAUAUGAAGUGUCAAUUUCUGAAUGAUCUUGUUUCGAUUCUACUGGUAUUACAAAAAUUGUGAGUGUAUUAACAUUAGACAUUAGGGUUGAUGUUCCUUAAAGAUUUGGAUGCUUGAGUUUGUGAUGUAGGGGAGAGUAGAUGGGGUCUGAUCCAGCUAGGCAGCUGGGCUAACACGAUGUGAUGGAAGAUUCUUGUGGAUUUGUAUAUUUUUGGAUAUCUGGACAUAAUAAUAAUAAUUAUAUUUCCUGAGAA